GUCAGGAGAAGAUAUAUAGAGAAAAGAACCAGCGAUCGAUGCUUAUCUUGUUUCGCAUAAAUUGAGAGAUUUGGAUAUCCAAACUAAUAGCACAUUGGCACAUCAUGAGACUCGCCACGUUCGCUCCUACAAGCCUUAUUUUAGCUUCCGUCGUCAAUGCAGGUUCAGCAAACAUGAAGCGCGAUCAGGUAUGCUCUAUCACGAGCCCAGACGGCAUUAAGACGAUACACUGUCGAUCCUGUCCUCAUCUCAGCUGCAGCAUAGUGGCAAAUCUGCCUGUCGGAGAUAAGGCGAAUUUUAGCAGCUAUGCAACUGGAGAUUGCUAUGAAGGCAAUUGCACCUGGGAUUAUACUCCAGAACAUCAAUGCUUUGUGAAUGGCUACUAUACUACUAGUAACUGCAACCAUAACGACUUAGCUUUGACGGUUCUCUCAUCCACAACGUCACCAUCAAGCCAAUCUACAGGAUUACCCCAAUCAACAAGCACUUUUCUGGAUACAAGUUUUGGUCCAACAACAACGUUUAAUCCAGCGGCUACUGCAACCUCAAUGAUAACACAAACUCCUUCGGCCACGACGGGGUCCUCUAGCAAUAUUGCUAUUGAAAAAGGAAUUUGCGCUGGCCUAGGAUUUGCGGCAAUUGCCUUUUUGCUUUGCUAAUCUGGUAUUGAUAAUGAAAAGCGGAUUUUUCUGUUUAUAGCAUUCGAUAUUGCCUUGCUACGAAAUAGAUACAGGGAGAUAAGCCUCAUUUUCCCAGUUUAAACUACAACGUAUUACAUCAUAUCAUGUCUCUACUGAGUGUGCUCCACCAUAAGCAGUAUUUCAACCCCACCUUCUUGGAGAUCAAAACCAUGUAACGUGAACUGGCGACAAUUACUGAUUCAUACUGGUUCCUAGAGCCGAAUCCUUACAUUUUAUCAAGCGUCCUAUACCAGCGAUCGGCUUUUUCAGCUA